AUGUACUAUAUCAAUUUAUUAAUAAUAAUUGUUCCUAUUUUACUAGCGGUAGCAUUCUUAACUCUACUGGAACGAAAAGUGCUAGGCUAUAUACAACUUCGAAAAGGGCCUAACAUUGUAGGUCCCUAUGGCCUAUUACAACCAAUCGCCGAUGCAGUCAAACUAUUUACUAAAGAACCCAUACAACCACUGACAUCAUCUCUCAUUCUAUUUAUCAUUGCACCAACUCUAGCCCUAACCCUAGCCCUAAUAAUAUGAAUUCCACUACCUAUACCACACCCAUUAAUUAAUAUAAACCUAAGCAUUCUAUUUAUAUUAGCCCUAUCAAGUUUAGCUGUCUACGCCAUUUUAUGAUCAGGAUGAGCUUCAAAUUCAAAAUACGCACUAAUUGGGGCCCUACGAGCAGUAGCUCAAACAAUUUCUUAUGAAGUAACCCUAGCUAUCAUUGUCUUAUCUAUCCUACUUAUAAAUGGCUCCUUUACAUUAACAACAUUAAUCACAACACAAGAAUAUAUCUGAUUAAUUAUCCCCUCAUGGCCUCUAGCUAUAAUAUGAUUUAUCUCAACUCUAGCAGAAACUAAUCGAGCUCCCUUUGACUUAACGGAAGGUGAAUCAGAAUUAGUAUCUGGCUUUAAUGUAGAAUAUGCAGGAGGACCAUUCGCCCUUUUUUUCCUAGCAGAAUAUGCAAAUAUUAUUAUAAUAAACACCCUCACAAUUAUUCUAUUUUUAGGCGCAUAUAAUAAUCCAAUAUUUCCAGAACUAUACACCAUUAAUCUCACCACUAAAACCCUUUUAUUUACAACAAUUUUUUUAUGGGUCCGAGCAUCCUAUCCCCGAUUUCGAUAUGAUCAACUAAUACACUUACUAUGAAAAAACUUCCUACCCCUCACCCUAGUAAUAUGCAUGUGGCAUGUAACUCUGCCAAUUAUUCUGGCAAGCAUUCCACCUCUAACAUA